UAAUGUGUUUUCUGGGCUUGCGUUAACUCUGCCACCAAAGAUUUUAUUCCUUUCGCCGAUUCACUUCACUUAAUUCAUCCUUAUCCAUUCACCUCCUCAACAGCAUUUCUCUUUCUUUAUAUGUUCAUUUCAUUGUUCUAAACAAACCAUUUAUUGCGCCACCCAAAACAAGGGGGAGAAGAAACAUCCAUUGUUUCUUUGAUAUGGCAACUAAGCUUCUUUUAACCUUCUCUAUUUGUAGAUUGAUUGUUACAGUGGGAUUGACCUUGGACCCCUCCGAACUUGUCCUCCUUGGAGUUGACGGCCAACUAAGCGUUGAUCCCACCGACGUUGAAACCGCUUCUCUCGAUUUUGGACGGUUGACACGAGCUACGCCGCCGCUAGCUGUCUUGCAUCCGGCUUCUGCUCAGGACAUUUCUCAACUUAUCAAAGCGGCCUACAGGUCAGACUUCGGGUUCACCGUUUCGGCUAGGGGGCAUGGGCAUUCCAUAAGUGGACAGGCUCAGCCUCAAACCGAAAACGGGGUGGUAGUUCAGAUGAGUGGGUCGAGACGGGGAUCAGGGAGGAAGCCACCGCAGCCUCGAGUUUGGCCUCGAGAGAGGUACGUGGAUGUGUGGGGUGGUGAGCUUUGGAUAGAUGUGCUGAGGAGUAGCCUAGAGUAUGGACUCGCACCAAAAUCAUGGACUGAUUACCUCUACCUUUCUGUUGGUGGGACGUUGUCAAAUGCUGGAAUUAGUGGCCAGGCUUUCAACCAUGGUCCACAAAUUAGCAAUGUCCAUGAGCUUGAUGUCGUUACAGGCAUAGGGGAGCUCUUGACAUGCUCAGAGGAACAAAACUCAGAGCUGUUUCAUGCUGUGCUUGGUGGUUUAGGACAAUUUGGAAUUAUCACCAGAGCUAGAAUUUCUCUUGAGCCAGCUCCACAAAGGGUUAGGUGGAUCAGGGUACUGUAUUCAAAUUUCUCGGCUUUUACCAGGGAUCAAGUGUAUCUUAUCUCACUGCAUGCAGAACCGGGUAGCCAAAAAUUCGACUACGUUGAAGGUUUUGUGAUUGUAGAUGAAGGUCUCAUCAACAAUUGGAGAUCAUCCUUCUUUUCCCCUAGCAACCCCGUCAAAAUAUCUUCACUUAAGUCUAACGGAGGCGUUUUGUAUUGCUUGGAAAUCACCAAGAACUACCAUGAAUCUACCGCUUCCACCAUCGACAAGGAAGUAGAGUCAUUGUUGAAGAAAUUAGAUUUCAUACCGGCAACAGUCUUUACAACAGAUCUGCUGUAUGUAGAUUUCUUGGAUCGUGUCCACAAGGCGGAGUUGAAGCUCCGAUCCAAGGGUUUAUGGGAGGUUCCGCACCCAUGGUUAAACCUUUUGGUUCCCAGAUCAAAGAUCGCAGACUUUGAAAAGGGAGUCUUCAAGGGUAUUUUGGGUAAUAAAACGAGUGGGCCAAUCCUCAUCUACCCGAUGAACAGAGACAAAUGGGACCAUAGGAGCUCCGCGGUUACGCCGGAUGAGGAUGUAUUUUACCUGGUGGCAUUGCUAAGAUCAGCCUUGGAUAAUGGGGAGGAGAUCCAUAGCUUGGAGUACCUAACUAAUCAGAACCGUGAGAUUCUCAGGUUCUGCGAUGACGCUAGGAUCAACGUCAAGCAGUAUUUACCUCAUUACGCUACACAUGAGGAGUGGAUGAAUCACUUUGGUAAUAAGUGGGAUUGGUUCUAUCAAAUGAAAAUGAAAUUUGACCCAAGCCACAUUUUGGCUUCAGGCCAACAGAUUUUCACGCCUACUUUUCCUUCCUCUUUGAAGAUGGUGGCUUCAUGACCAUGACCGAUAUUUAUAAUACAAAACAAAGCUCUAGUAGUAACAGAUAUUAACGGACAGUAUGGACCUAGGAAUAGUCUUUUUGUUUUUGUGCAUAGUAAUGGACAAGAGAGAAAUGAUGAUAUAAGGUUAACGAAAUUGAACGAAGACCAGGAAGGGUGCAGUUGAGAAGUUGCUUUCGGGGGCGGAGUUGGAUACUGGGAGUGGAAAGAUAACGACUGAUUGGGAUAUUUGCAGGGCACAUGUGAUGUUAUUCUAAUCGGAAUGGAGGUGCUCGUGACCCCGACCGCCCCAACUGAUCGACUUGUGCUUCUUGGCACAGCUGCUUCUCUUUUACCCUUUUCAUUUAGACCUGUAAAUAUAAAACUAGUUGGGUAAUUUUUUUUUAAAGUUUCAGAUGGAUGACAUAAGACUACAGAAUAUUACAUGAUUUGCAAUCAUCUUUGUUUUGGGAUAUCCCUCGAGUUGCAGGAUGCACUUGAUUCCAAAGCCUUUGUCGCCUUCCCCACGGCACACUUGCAAGCACAAGCAGGAUUGGCAACAUAAUUUCAAAAAAAAAAAAGUUUUAAGCAGUAGUAAUUCGUAAGGCA